AUGGAUACUGCUAAGUGGUCGCAGGUUAUUGAAAGAAAGCCAAUAAUUAGGCCACAAAAAGACUGUCCAAGAUGCAAUUCUCCUAACACAAAAUUCUGUUAUUACAACAAUUAUAGUUUGUCUCAGCCAAGACACUUUUGUAAGACUUGUAGAAGGUACUGGACUGAAGGGGGUACUUUAAGGAAUAUUCCGGUGGGUGGCAGUUCACGAAAGACCAAGAAAUCGUCGUCAACAUCAUCAUCAAAGAAGCUUCCUGCAGAUCUUAGCUUAUAUCAGCCUUCUGAUCAAAACCCUAAGACUUAUGAGGGUCAGAAUUUGAAUCUAGCUUAUCCAUCUACCAAUAGGGUUCCUGGAUUUGUUGCUUUACCUUACAGAGAUGACUGUAAAACCCUAAAUUCCCCAUACCCUAAUAUUUCUUCCUUAUCAUCUUAUAAUCCGGUGAUGGAAUUUCUCUCAUCCAGCGAAUUGAUCAGUUCUCAUCUUAUGUCCAUUCCAGUUUCGGGUUCGGGUUCUAACACAAUGUAUCCUUCAUCUGAAUUUCCUCUGCAUGGACUCAGAUUGCCAAGCCUUAAUCUUUCCUCAGAUGGGCUUGAAAAUGGUUAUGGAAAUAUGGGAGGUAGUUUUCAAAAUACAAACCCUAAAUUCCCGUUCCUUAUUGGGGGUUCAAAGUCCGAAUUCGAGCAGGAUAGAGGGCUGGGAGAAUCCAUCAAUGGUCCAUACUGGAACAAAAUGUUGGCUGGAGGAUCGUGGUGA